AUGAAGCAGUUGUGCUGUUCAGGGCGUGUGUUGUGGCUUGGACUCGUACUGUCUGCUUUCUCCCAGGAGCAAGAGAGCAAACCUAGGAAGCUGUGCGGCAGGCACCUGCUGAUAGAAAUUACAAAACUGUGUGGCCAAACUGACUGGAGCCAGUUCGAGAUGGACGACCAAACUCCUCUGACCCAUCUCGCUCACCACUCCUUACAGACUGAAAUCAAAACCUUCAGCCCCGACCAAAUCCCUUCUUCAGCCUGGGGAAGAUUCACAAACCCAGUCCCCAUAUCUGCCUCUCAGGAGAAAGCAAUAAACACUUGGGAACUCCGGGUCCCGCCUGACUAUCAGUUUGAAAAGUCCAACUUGCUUCCUGAGAAGACAGAAGAGUUUUCAUCCCGUGAUGUCCAUCCCAAUGUUGAGCGUGUGAAACUUCAGGAGAAAAGAAGAAACAAAAUCAAUGCCUUCAGCAGUUUAUUUUGGGGGAUCCAUCCCCAGAGGAAACGCAGAGGUUUCUCAGAUAAAUGCUGUCUUAAAGGGUGCACAAAAGAAGAGCUGGCCGUCGCAUGUCUCCCGUAUGUUGAUUUUUAA